UGAACCAGACUAUGCUGUCCCACCACUUCCAGUGACUGAAGGUAUGCAGCACAUUCGGAUUAUGGAGGGAAUGUCCCGCUCUCUUCCAUCCUCCCCCUUACUCACCCAUCAAUCUAUCAGUGUUCGGCUCCAACCUGUGAAGAAAUUAACUGCCCCUCUGAGGAAGGCAAAGUUUGUUGAGAGCCCACGAAUCCCAGAAUCUGAUCUUGGCUCACCAACACUCACUUCAGCACAGAAACUGGACGUUGAUGAAUACUGCCCUGGUGAUGUGGAACAGGAACUUGGGCCCCCUCCAUCGGUAGAUGAGGCAGCAAACACACUCAUGACUCGCCUGGGCUUCCUCCUUGGAGAGAAAGUCACAGAAGUGCAGCCAGGGGCCCAGUACAGCAUGGAGGUGCAAGAUGAAAAUCAGACCUCAGCAGUUACUCAACGAAUAAGUCCUUGUUCCACCUUGACUAGUAGCACUGCCUCUCCACCAGCCAGCAGCCCUUGUUCCACCCUCCCACCAGUCAAUACCAAUGCAACAGCCAAGGAUUGCAACUAUGGGGCUGUCACCAGUCCAACUUCCACACUUGAAAGCAGAGAUAGUGGUAUUAUUGCUACUUUGACAAGCUAUUCUGAAAAUGUGGAACGGACAAAGUAUGGUGGAGAAAGCAGUAAAGAACUAGGAUCUGGAGGAAACCUGAAACCUUGGCAGUCUCAAAAAUCCAGCAUGGAUUCGUGUUUAUACCGAGUGGAUGAAAAUAUGACAGCCUCUACCUAUAGUCUUAACAAGAUCCCAGAAAGGAAUCUGGAAACAGUUCUGUCCCAAUCAGUACAAUCUAUUCCACUUUACUUGAUGCCACGGCCAAAUUCAGUAGCAGCUACCAGUUCUGCCCACUUGGAGGACCUUGCUUACCUGGAUGAACAAAGGCAUACUCCCUUGCGAACUUCUCUCCGAAUGCCAAGGCAGAGCAUGGGUGGUGCUCGUACACAGCAGGACUUGAGAGUACGAUUUGCGCCUUAUAGACCUCCAGACAUCUCCCUGAAGCCACUGCUCUUCGAAGUACCCAGCAUUACCACAGAGUCUGUAUUUGUUGGCCGAGACUGGGUUUUCCAUGAAAUUGAUGCUCAGCUACAGAGUGAAAAUGCCAGUGUGAACCAGGGAGUAGUGAUUGUUGGAAACAUUGGAUUUGGCAAAACUGCCAUUAUCUCCAGGCUGGUGGCCCUCAGCUGCCAUGGUACACGGAUGAGACAGAUCGCCUCAGAUAGUCCACAUGCUUCUCCUAAACAUGUGGACGCCAAUCGAGAGCUGCCACUUACUCAGCCACCUUCUGCCCAUUCUUCUAUCACCAGUGGAAGCUGCCCAGGAACUCCAGAAAUGCGCAGACGACAGGAAGAAGCUAUGAGGAGACUUGCUUCACAGGUUGUUGCCUAUCACUACUGCCAAGCAGACAAUGCCUACACCUGCUUGGUACCAGAGUUUGUCCACAAUGUUGCUGCACUACUCUGCCGCUCCCCUCAACUUGUUGCCUAUCGGGAACAGCUUCUUCGGGAGCCCCAUCUGCAGAGCAUGCUGAGCCUACGAUCUUGUGUACAGGAUCCCAUGGCCUCUUUCCGGAGAGGAGUCCUUGAGCCCCUGGAGAACCUCCACAAAGAGAGCAAAAUCCCAGAUGAAGAUUUCAUCAUUUUAAUUGAUGGGUUAAAUGAAGCAGAAUUUCAUAAACCAGAUUAUGGGGACACAAUAGUAUCGUUUCUGAGUAAGAUGAUUGGAAAGUUCCCUUCUUGGCUCAAGCUGAUAGUAACAGUCAGGACCAGUUUACAGGAAAUUACCAAAUUACUGCCCUUCCAUAGGAUCUUCUUGGAUCGCCUGGAAGAAAAUGAAGCCAUAGACCAGGACCUCCAAGCAUAUAUCCUGCACAGGAUUCACAGCAGCUUAGAGAUUCAGAAUAACAUUUCACUCAAUGGCAAAAUGGAUAACACUACAUUUGGAAAACUCAGUUCUCAUCUCAAGACCCUCAGCCAGGGCUCGUAUCUGUACCUAAAACUCACAUUUGACCUCAUAGAGAAGGGAUAUCUGGUUUUAAAGAGCUCUAGCUACAAAGUAGUUCCUGUAUCUCUCUCUGAGGUUUACCUCCUCCAGUGCAAUAUGAAGUUCCCAACCCAGUCUUCCUUUGACCGGGUGAUGCCUCUUCUGAAUGUUGCAGUAGCCUCUCUCCAUCCACUGACAGAUGAGCAUAUCUUCCAGGCAAUCAAUGCAGGCAGCAUUGAGGGUACUUUGGAGUGGGAAGACUUUCAGCAAAGGAUGGAGAACCUUUCCAUGUUUCUAAUUAAGCGCAGAGACAUGACCCGCAUGUUCGUGCAUCCUUCUUUUCGAGAAUGGCUCAUCUGGAGAGAGGAAGGAGAGAAAACCAAAUUUCUCUGUGAUCCCAGGAGUGGUCACACAUUACUUGCCUUCUGGUUUUCCCGUCAAGAAGGAAAGCUAAACCGACAGCAGACUAUUGAAUUGGGACAUCACAUCCUCAAAGCACACAUUUUUAAGGGUUUGAGUAAAAAAGUUGGGGUAUCUUCCUCUAUACUCCAAGGUCUCUGGAUCUCCUACAGUACUGAAGGUCUUUCCAUGGCAUUGUCAUCUUUACGAAAUCUCUAUACUCCAAAUAUAAAGGUCAGUCGAUUGCUGAUUUUGGGAGGUGCCAACAUCAAUUACCGAACAGAGGUCUUAAAUAAUGCCCCAAUCUUGUGUGUCCAGUCACACCUUGGUUAUACAGAGAUGGUGGCCCUGCUGUUGGAAUUUGGGGCUAAUGUAGAUGCGUCUUCAGAAAGUGGCCUUACUCCUCUAGGAUAUGCUGCAGCAGCUGGGUUCCUAAGCAUUGUUGUGCUGCUAUGCAAAAGACGAGCCAAGGUGGAUCAUUUGGACAAAAAUGGGCAGUGUGCACUGGUUCAUGCUGCACUCAGAGGCCAUCUGGAGGUUGUCAAGUUCUUGAUUCAGUGUGACUGGACAAUGGCUGGCCAGCAGCAAGGGGUGUUUAAGAAAAGCCAUGCCAUCCAACAAGCUCUCAUUGCCGCAGCCAGCAUGGGCUAUACAGAGAUCGUUUCCUACCUGCUCGAUCUUCCAGAAAAAGAUGAAGAAGAAGUAGAACGAGCUCAGAUCAACAGCUUUGACAGCCUUUGGGGAGAGACAGCCCUGACGGCUGCAGCAGGAAGGGGGAAACUAGAUGUAUGUCGCCUGCUUUUGGAACAAGGGGCAGCAGUGGCCCAGCCAAAUCGUCGGGGGGCAGUGCCCUUAUUCAGCACUGUUCGGCAAGGUCAUUGGCAGAUUGUUGACCUCUUACUCACCCAUGGAGCUGAUGUUAAUAUGGCAGACAAGCAAGGCCGUACCCCACUAAUGAUGGCAGCUUCAGAGGGUCACCUAGGGACAGUAGAUUUCUUACUGGCACAAGGUGCCUCCAUUGCCCUGAUGGACAAAGAGGGACUGACAGCCCUCAGCUGGGCUUGCUUGAAGGGUCACCUCCCAGUGGUGCGCUCACUUGUGGAGAAUGGGGCUGCCACAGAUCAUGCUGACAAGAAUGGCCGCACCCCGCUGGAUCUGGCGGCUUUCUAUGGAGAUGCUGAAGUGGUACAAUUCCUGGUGGAUCAUGGGGCCAUGAUCGAGCAUGUUGACUACAGUGGGAUGCGUCCCCUGGACAGGGCAGUGGGAUGCCGAAACACCUCUGUCGUAGUCACCCUUCUGAAGAAAGGAGCCAAGAUAGGUCCAGCCACUUGGGCGAUGGCCACCUCCAAACCAGACAUCAUGAUCAUCCUGUUGAGCAAGCUGAUGGAGGAAGGGGACAUGUUUUACAAGAAAGGUAAAGUGAAAGAAGCUGCCCAGCGCUACCAGUAUGCCCUGAAGAAAUUUCCCAGGGAAGGGUUUGGUGAAGACCUGAAAACCUUCCGGGAACUAAAAGUCUCUCUCCUCCUCAACCUCUCCAGAUGUCGCAGGAAAAUGAACGAUUUUGGAAUGGCAGAGGAAUUUGCUACUAAAGCUCUGGAGCUGAAACCGAAAUCUUACGAAGCUUACUAUGCAAGAGCAAGGGCAAAACGGAGCAGCAGGCAGUUUUCAGCAGCAUUGGAGGACCUGAAUGAGGCCAUCAAGCUGUGUCCAAACAACCGUGAGAUCCAGCGGCUACUGAUGAGAGUAGAAGAAGAGUGUAGACAGAUGCAGCAGCAGCAGCAGCAGCAGCAGCAAUUACCCACAGAAGCUGAGCCUGACCCCCAGCAAGAAGAUCUGUAUUCUGUACAAGACAUCUUUGAAGAGGAGUACCUGGAGCAGGAUGUCGAGAAUGUUUCCAUUGGUUUGCAGACGGAAGCUCGGCCCACUCAGGGGCUCCCCAUCAUCCAGAGUCCCCCCUCCUCUCCUGCCCAUAGAGAAUCGACGUAUAUCUCUGGCUCACCACUCGGCUCGCAUCAGGUUUUUGAUUUCCGGUCUAAUAGUUCUGUAGGUUCUCCCACUAGGCAAAGCUACCAGUCCACAUCUCCUGCUCUCUCUCCAACACACCAGAACUCUCAUUACAGGCCUAGUCCUCCACAUACUUCCCCAGCUCAUCAGGGUGGAGCUUACCGCUUCAGCCCCCCUCCUGUGGCGGGGCAGGGGAAAGAAUAUCCAAGUCCUCCCCCAUCACCUCUCCGAAGAGGCCCUCAGUACCGGGCUAGCCCUCCAGCUGAAAGCAUGAGUGUCUAUAGAUCCCAGUCUGGAUCUCCUGUGAGAUACCAGCAAGAAACUAAUGUUAGUCAGCUUCCUGGAAGACCAAAGUCUCCUUUGUCCAAAAUGGCUCAGAGGCCAUACCAGAUGCCCCAGCUUCCUGUGGCGGUUCCCCAGCAAGGGCUUAGACUGCAGCCUGCCAAGGCCCAGAUUGUGAGAAGCAACCAGCCUAGCUCAGCAGUUCAUUCCAGCACGGUUAUCCCCACUGGCACUUAUGGCCAAGUGGCUCAUUCAAUGGCCAGUAAAUACCAGUCUUCACAGGGAGAAAUGGGAGUGAGUCAGAGUCGGUUGGUCUACCAAGGGUCGAUUGGGGGGAUUGUAGGUGAUGGGAGACCUGUGCAACACGUUCAGGCCAGCCUUAGUGCAGGUGCCAUCUGCCAACAUGGAGGGCUGACCAAAGAAGAUCUUCCGCAAAGACCUUCCUCAGCUUACCGAGGGGGCGUGAGGUACAGUCAGACACCUCAGAUUGGGCGCAGCCAGUCAGCCUCCUACUAUCCAGUUUGUCACUCCAAACUGGAUCUAGAGCGCUCUUCCAGCCAGCUUGGCUCCCCUGAUGUCUCACACUUAAUCAGAAGACCCAUUACAGUCAACCCUAAUGAAAUCAAAUCCCACCCACCAACUCCUAGGCCUCUGCUGCACUCCCAAAGUGUAGGCCUCCGAUUCUCUCCUUCUAGCAAUAGCAUAUCAUCCACCUCCAACCUGACUCCUACCUUCCGCCCAUCCUCCUCAAUUCAGCAAAUGGAGAUCCCACUGAAGCCGGCAUAUGACAGGUCAUGUGAUGAGCUGUCUCCAGUGUCUCCCACUCAGGGAGGCUACCCUAGUGAGCCAGCUCGGUCCAGGACCACACCAUUCAUGGGGAUCAUAGAUAAAACAGCCCGGACUCAACAGUACCCCCACCUCCACCAGCAGAAUCGGACCUGGGCGGUUUCAUCAGUGGAUACUGUCAUCAGCCCCACAUCUCCGGGAAAUCUGCCUCAGCCUGAGUCCUUCAGUCCACCGUCUUCAAUCAGCAACAUUGCCUUUUAUAACAAAACCAACAAUGCACAGAAUGGCCAUUUGCUGGAGGAUGACUAUUAUAGCCCCCAUGGGAUGCUGGCUAAUGGGUCCCGCGGAGACCUCUUGGAGAGAGUCAGCCAAGCUGCCUCAUAUCCUGAUGUGAAGGUGGCCAGGACACUGCCUGUUGCUCAGGCAUAUCAGGACAACCUGUACAGGCAGUUGUCCAGGGACUCUCGACAAGGGCAGACAUCCCCAAUCAAACCAAAGAGACCAUUUGUGGAGUCUAAUGUUUAAAAGACAUUUGUUGGAGUGAGAUCCAUGUUUUCAGCACACAUUUCCAGGCUUGGUUUCCACAUUUGGGGUAGUUCUCUGGCUUAAUUUCUCAUGUAAUUUCUGUGUGGUGUUCAGAGACACAUGCUGAAAUCAUUUGCAUGCAGCCAAUUGGGAAGCUGGCCUCCAACAAGCCAGGAUUGUAGUUUCUCUUGUCCAUACCCCAGCUGUGUGCCCUCUCUCUUCAGCUGCCAACUAGGAGAUUUUUUGUACAGUGUGGUUUAGCCCAGGGAGAUCAGACACACUGCUCAGCUUUUUCAAAUAGACAAUCGAUUUCAGAUCACCUAGUGUUAUUGUGUAACUGUCUCUCCUUUUUUUUCAAAGAGAUGUUCUUGUUAAUUUUCCUCUAGGAAUUUUCAAAAGAGAGUGCUGCCCUUUUUGCCUCUGCAUUCUUAUCCAGUGUUCUCCAAACAGCCAGCCUGUGCAUUCCUGCUCUGACUGUCUCCUUCCCCAAGGAAGAGCUACUUCUCUGCCCUGAUGGAUCUUAAUAACAAGCUUCCUUUAGUAAUGAGAUCUAGAAUGUCAUUCUGAUUACCUCUGGUGUUCAUAUUUUGGGGUGGGGGUAGAGAAGGAAGUAAAAUUAGGCUGACAAUUUGGUUAAAACCCCAAGAGGCUAGGUUUGAAAUGCCACCAAAUUGAUUUUCCAAGUUUGUUUGUUUCUUUAAUUAAAGACUAGGCAACUCUUUGACUAUUUCAGUCACUCAAGGAAAUUGGAUGGGUCUUGAAGAUUUCUUUAUGCAUAUCUAGAUGAACAAAAAUGAGGCUGAUGCGAGUUACCAGAAGGGCUUAUAGAAAACUACCAUCUUGAGGAAACUUCCUCUGGAUCCUAGCAUCAUGCAGCAUUAUCUCCCUCAGCAAUUUUUUUUUACAUUGGAGGGUAAACAAGUAUGUUUAUUUAGCCCGCCACUUCACCUGAAGCUGAAUCCUCUCCUAAAAGCCAAUAUACUGUAGCAAGAAGACCACUUCCUUAAGGAAAGAGGCAGAAGUGGACACUUUAAGGCUAUUUCCCAGAGUGGCACUCACUCUUCUGUCUCCUAAAGCUGUCUUUGGCAUUCACUGCCUGGUUUGAUUCCCCGAGUCUCAUCUACUUUCAGGAAUGGGUUUUUGUUUUCCUUUUUUAAGGAUAUGUGGUUGUUUUUAGUUUGAAAACCAGCUGUACCCAACAUUGAUUCAGGAUGAAGAUAAUAGAGAAUGUCAACUCUCAGACCUCUUUUCCAGUCCUGAGGGGGCGGACACAUGUGGAAAUAACAGUAGGGUUUCUGACUCCAGCCAUCCUCUGUACAUUUUCCAUUUUUUGUGGAUACCACUUGUUAACCUGCUUUUUGAGUCACUAUGGAUAAUGGAUGGAUGGAUGGCAAGGGCACCAACAAUUGUAGCAUGUUAGAAACCAAAGACUUGAGUUAAACGUGAAUUGGACCUACACUGUUAAAAGUCAGCCUUGCUUUCACGAGUAAAGGGCUCUAGGAUGAACUACUCCCUGUACCAGAUUCCAGGUGUGACCAGACCUUUUGGCAGUAGGCAAGGUUAUUCCUCUGGAAAGGGGUUAAAAAGAAGCAUGGAGGAUUGAUUUGGUGACAUUUCUCAACUACCUUAGCUUCUGCCAAACAAAAGGAUGUAGACCUUGGAACAGGCCAGGAUGAUGCCAGUUUGGCUGUUUAGAAAACAAACUAAGGGAACCUGUGCUCCAGGGGAUCCAUUUCUCUAUCUCAGAUAUUUGUGAAAACAUCUACUUAACUGGAUGAGGGCAGGCAUCUGUUUCUACUUUUUUCUUCCUUUUUAAUUAAAAAAAAAUGCAACUUAGAACUUUCUCAUUUGGCUUGAGCCACCGGGCUAGAGUUUUUGUUUUGGUCAGGGAUCAGUUCUGUUGGACUCUUUCCAUCCCACCCUUUCUCUGUUGGUGGAACAGGGGUUUCUGUCUAUUUUCUCUCAAUGAGAAGCUUCUGUUCUUAAGAAAAGAUUUCAGUCUCUUCAGACUCAGUAUUGUCCCCUGCCUCCUCAGGAGCAUGAUGAGUCCUGUCUGCACCGCACAAAGACACCUACCUAGACAGAUGUGCUGGUUUUUUUGUAAUUCAAACACUCCACUGAUACCAUUUCUAUCCCAGGACCCUUCCUCUUCCAGUUUUCCAUAAGAAACAAGAGACCCAUUGCCCUCUAUGCUUUUUGUGCUCUCUUGGUUGGAAAACUUAAAAGUUGCCCACCUCAGCCCAUACCUUUUUUUUCCAUCCAAGAAAGUGAGCACCCCCACUGGGCACUGGUUGUCUAUGAGCUUGGGAAAAAAAAUAGCCAAUUGGACCCUCUUCUGGGAAAGAGAAGCUUGGUUCUCUUACAAACGGACUGCCCGUGCCCUGCUUUGCUACUUCACUGCCAUUCAAUGAUCCCAGUACUGUAUUUAAGACAUGGCCCCCAGCAGCACUUUGUGAAUCAAUGCCCUACUUCAGGUUAGGAAAGGUAUUUUCAAAUACAAUUUUAAGAUGAAACUGCAAAGUUCCACACACCCCCCUCUCUCCUUUGCUUCAAGCCUAGCCCACCAGCUCCCACAUUCAUGCCACCCAAGAAUAGAGGAAGUGGUGACUUAACUGCAGCUUGUAGGUUUCUCACCAAAAAUAUGUUCUCUUUGCCCAGGAUUCUUGCACUAAUGGGUUACCAUCACAUUAUGUCUGUAAAUGGGUGCACUUUACUGUUUGAAUUUGUUACUAUGAUAAAUAUUGGAUAUUUAAGCGUGAGUAGUGUCUUCAUUAGAAAAUAGCAGAACCACUCCUGUCUUUUAGUGUAUUUUUCAAGAAAAACAAAGAAAAAGAGGAAAGAAAUCAAGCAAUGGAUCGUAACAUUUAUAGCACAAGAAAUAACUUGUAUAUAAACAUCAAAAGAUUAAGUAAUUUUUAAAUACAGAAUAUUUGCAGUGAUUUUAAAGUGUUUUUCCAGCAAUUUUCUUAGGGACUCCUGAGACAUGGUUACUUUAUUUACUGGAUCAGUAAGGCACACAUUAGCAAUUGAAAAUUAGUAUUUAUUUACAAAGUAAAAAAACCUGUGUAUCAUGAAAAUUUGGCAUGGACAAAAUGGAGACCAUUUUGUAUUUGCUGUCGUUGUAUCUUGUCUGGGUUGCAGAAGUGCGCUAUUAUUAUUGAAGAACCAUGUUAAUAGAGCACAAACCCUCUUCUUGUUCCUCUUUUUAGAUGUGUUUAACUUCCAACAGAUGGCUCAGGAAAACUCCACUCCUUAGAACCACAUGUGGUACCCCCUAAGUCGCUGUCCAAAUCUUCAGAGUUUGUUAUUGAGUUAGACCAAAUUUCUAGAUGCCUUUUCCUCACGUUUUAAGAACAACUUGGGGAAGGUUGUCUCAGUUCACAGACCAGAUGGGAGUUUGUGAACUUCCCCCUUAAAUUUUUCAUAUUUUUAUAUUUCAGAGAUGUAUCCAUUAGAGCAAGUAACCAGUAUCUAAUUUAAUACUGUAGCCCAGUGCCUAGCACAGAGCAGGCACUUAAUAAACGUUUGUUGAUUGAACGAAAGAUUAUUUUUCCUCAGAAUCUAUGAACCCCAGUAACUAUGGAUGUCAUUUGCGUUUUACUGUAUUUAACCACUAGGUGUCACCCUGGCUCUGCACCAGAGCCCUCUCUGGCAGUAAAGGAAGCUAUGCCCCCUUUAGAACUACCCUAAGGAACAGACAGAGCAGAUCCCAGCAGUGGAUGAGAGAAGCCUUGGGACUCCUGCCAGGGCCGAGCUGGGGCCAGCUAGCUCCAAAAGGGAGUCCAACAUAGGAAAGAGCAGGGCAUGAGGAGGGGGGUAAGGGGGAAGGAGAAUGUACUCCUUAGCUGUGCUAACCUUGGAGUAGCAAGCAUGCUUUGAAAACUGGAACCUACUGUAGAAGAGAAGCCUGGAGUUGGGAGAGGGAGCAUCCCUGGGUAGUUCCCCUGUUCCAGGAGAUCAAUGGAAAACUUUAACUGCAGCUGGUGGCUUCUCCCUGCACUAAGUCUCCAGCCUUCUUUGCAGGCUGUCACACAUGGGUGGUUUUUAGUUCAAAGGUUAGCUGUUAUUUUUUUACUGUAAAAAAAAAAAUGCCUUUGUUGAAACCAACUGCCCCAUUGGAACUUGUGCAGAAUGCACUUCAUACCUGUGGCCAGUUUUCUGCUGAAGUCCCAAGUGCCCAGCUGCCCCUGCCCAGUUUGCCAGUUCUGUUCCCUGACUUCCUACACUCUUGGAGCUUCCCAGCCCUGUCCUCAAGAAGCUUCCUGGAGAGCGAGAGCACAGCCUGCUGCGGUCGGCACUAAGGGCCUUUCUCAUCUGUUACUCACAUACCAGGCGGCACAGCUUCUCUCUUCUAAGAGUUCCAGACGGUUCAUCUACCGAGACCAACGACAUUUAAAUAAGGGCUUAGGGCUAAGAGCUACCUAGGAGACAUGUCAUGGAGACCUUCACCAUGCAAUGCCUUGAAUUCAGCUCUGGACGCUCCCAAGGAAAGGAGACUGGCAGUGGGUUUGGACAAAGCACAAAUGGGGACAGUGGAGCCUCUGUGCGGAGCUACUUGAAUAAUCACUGAGUUUUUCAUUGACUUGUUUUGUAACAUAAACCACUAAGGGCUGAAGUGUUGGUAACCUUCAUUUCGGUGUCCAGCUCCUCAAAGCAGCUGAACCACCCUGAGAUGCUUUUGGCUACUGCCUGCCAGGACACAACCUGGGUGGACUGACCACAGUCAGAGCUAGGAAAGUCAAUACCAAAUGAAUGAAUAAUUGGACACCAAAAAUCAAGUGUUACUUUCAUGUUUCCUCACCCAUCCAUAACCAUCUCAUUUCUUCUUGACAUAUCUCUGGCAUUUAAAUGGACCAAUCUGCCAGGUGAGCUGAACAUAUCCAGCCACAGGUCAUCAUUUCACUUCUCAGAGGUUCUGAGUCAGUGCAAAGGAAAUGGACCAGGUGCCUAGUUUCUUUCUAUAGCUGCUGCUAGGUGGCUUUUUUUUGCUUCUAAUAAUAAUCACUGGCCCAAAAAAUCUGGAUGGGGGGACUCAACCCUCCUUUCUCUUGUAUACCCCAUCCCCCCAGGGCCAGGCAGAGGGUUUAAUAUGGAUAACUCAUUACUGGAGUUUAACUGUCUUAUUGUGCACCAACUCACACUGACUCUAGCUCCACACUCCAUUCAGGGAUUAUUUUGGAAAUCCCAUGACACUUCCUGUUUCUCUUCCUUUGGCUAAUUCUCCUUGAAUGAGGCCAGUUCCUUGCCAGGCUCAGGGCAGGUGUCAUUCUGGAGUUCAGCCUCCUUUCCAUGCUAGCAUAGCAUCUCUGUCUCUGUUCUGUCUCCUUCAAAUCCAAGACGAUUUUAAUUAGUACAAAUAUGUACAGUCUAUACAUUUAAAAAGUAAUUUGUACUAACAGUUUUGAUUCUUCUUCCUCUUUGCUGUCCUUUCAAGAUACUUGCUGGAAAGAGCUUUAAUGCACUUAGUUUCCCUUUAGCUUUUCUAUAAUUCUGAUGUAAAGGACUUUCUCUGUACAGCAUAUUAUCCAAUGCAUGUUCGUUCUCUAUACCGAUAUAUUGAACACCACACAGUUGUGAACUCGUGCAGCGGGAACACCCCAUGCCCACCAGAGGCCUCCAACUCCCUUGCCCGCCCUCCCCCGGCCCUGUGUAUAAGGAAAGAUGAUGUUUUCCUUUGCUGUACUUGCUUGAGCAGUUUUAUUGUCUGUACAUGUGAGCUGUGUGAGAUAGAUGUGAAAAGUUCAAACGAAUGCAUUUCCCUGCCCCAUGUAUACAGGUUGUCAUCUGUACAAUGAAUUGUAUGUAUGAAAGCAAAUGUACUUAUUUAUAAAUGGUUAACACUUGGAAAAA